CAAUGACGAAGUAUACCCGAAAAGUCGAAACAUGGUAUACAGCAGAGCGAGUUCCUCGAUUAUUAACUACCUAAUACACUUAUCUCAAUUCGUGUCGACUGUCUACGAUAAUAUUACAGUACUUAGUCGUUUGCGCGAUAAGUUUAGUGGCUAUUGUAUUUUUGUGUUCACCAUAUUAUUAUAGUCAGUACGACCGUACAUUACUAACUAGUAACUACAGACUGGCAGACACUUAUUUCCAUCUAUUAUGUAUCCAAGGAAUCAAAGCCAUACUAACAGCAUAUUAUUGUUACUAGCUAUAUAUUUUUUGUUGGGCUUCAACGUUUUGAACGCUUCAAACGAAAAUGAUGUUAAAAAACAAAAUGUCACUAUUUCACUGCAUUCCCACAAAAACAAUUGUUUUGAUGAUUAUGAUAUUACUACAAUUUAUAGAUUCAGGGAUAUGCAUUCGCCGAUUAAGUGUUCAACAGAACAAAUAGACAGUGUAAUAUAUUCUCGUGCCCCUGCAUUAAUUUGUCCCUGGGCCCUAAGAAUUUUGGGACGUCUCUGUUCGAUUGAAAUACAUUCAAGAACAAAUGCCAUUGGGAUACCGUUGUCAAUAGACAAAAUAAUUUAUGACAAUAAUUCAACGUCGGAUAAUGUCUUGCAAAUAAAUAUCGAUGAGUUUUAUAAAUACGGAUUUAUUCAAAAUAACAGUCGUAUGAACGUUUAUUUUGAUUCAAAUUACUGGGAACGAUCAACUAUUGUAUCUACGGGAGAAGAAUGUGAGUUCAACUAUGUUACUCCUAGUAAUCCUACUACGAAUUAUACAGAAUACAACCUGAAUGAAUGUAUUAAAACAUUAGAAUAUAAAUAUGAAAGACAUUAUUAUCCAUAUACGGCAAAUGAGGAUGUUCAUCAGACAUUCCUCUCGGUUCAUUGGAAACCAAUUAAAAAACAAAGUUGCAUAUCAAUUACAUAUUUUCAUAAUUUAGAUUCUGAUAUGGAAAUAAUUAUGAGUAUAUUCAAUGAAAAUGAUUCGAUAAUAACUUCACCAAUAUUAGAAAAACAUGAUAGUAUAACAACAUUAAAAGUUGACAACAUGGCUCUUAUUCAAGAUCAGGAAUAUACAAUAUCAUUAAAAAGGAAAUAUGGUAAUAUGCAUAACUAUUACGGAUAUAACAGUAAUUUUGGAAAUUGGUUCAAACUCGUUCGGAUUACUCAAUGUUCAGAUAAUGAUGAAGAAGAAGUCAGAGUUGUUUCUACAAAUUAUAUUGCUAAUUAUUGGUGUAAGCCUCAGGAACCCUUUCCAUAUACUACUCCAUUACUUCAUAUACUCGGAAAUGAUAAUACUAGUGUCUGCGACAAAAUGACAGUAUCCUCAACUGAAUCUUGUUUAAAUGGAGGUUUCAUGCAAUCAACAAGAUCAACGUGCGUUUGCCCUCCUGGAUUUAAAGGACAAUUUUGUGAAAUAGGUAAUUAAACAUAAAUCAUAAAAAAAUAUGAAGUAUAUUAUAUGUAUACAGGGUGUUUCACGAUGAACUGACAAUUGCAAUAACUUGUAUUCU